CACUGACUGAACUAGCGAGUUGUUUUACACGGUUUGAAUUGUGUUUUGCUGCGCUGUUAGACCGAUUUAUGCGCUUACCUAGAUAUAACGCGUUAUGUAAGCGGUUAUACUCUAAAUGUUAAGGUAUUAUCUGGUCUGCCUGUUGUGGAUUAACGGUUGGAGUAGAAACUAACGUUGGGCCUCAGUGCGCUUCACUGAUGCGCGCUCGCGCUGCUUCAGCUACUAGCGCGCGAAACUUCUUCUCUUGGGAUUUUUGUUUUUUCAUCCGUUUAUUUUAAUAUUAGUCGAGAGUCAGUAAAAACUUAUGGAUUUAGCGGCAGCUUUUGGUCAAAGUAGUGUUUACGGCGUUAGAGAUUGAGCCAAUUUUAUGAGGCAUAUAUUAAAACAUCAACUUCAUGCUAAAAACAAUGCAAGAUGGAUAAAGGAGGACUGAAGAAUGGCGCCAAGAGAGAUGCUCAUUUGAACACGUUGGAUUACAGCAACAGCCCAGUCGAGGGAAUUUUAGGAAGUGGAAUACAAAUCGCCAUGUCUGUCGCCCCCACCUCGCUGGUUCCUCCGCCCAGUCCGCUGAUGCAACCGGUUUCCGGGGAUCUUCCCAAUGGCCUGAGCAACUCGCCCACUCUUGAGGAGCACACCUCCUCCGUGUCCUCCACCUUUGGCAUCUUUGAGGAAGAUUCAGAGCUCAAAAUGGGUGGGAAGGAGCCGAAGGCUCAGCAACACCAAACCCUGGGAGCUUUCACUUUGGGAGACAGUUUCUCAAAUCUGGAAGCCAGCAUCGCCGACUUCAACAGCACUUCCCCUUCAGCGGACUCCUUGAUUGGUGGAGUCGACCCCAAUCUGUUUCCUUUAAAAACUGAGGAUUUUUCCCUCAUGGAUAAAGGCGAUAUAGACCUUGACCAAGAUUCCUUUGGACCCAUUGGGAAAGAUGUUGAUGCUGGCAAUCAUAAGCUCUUUAGUGACAACACUCUGGACCUUCUGCAGGACUUCGAGUUGGACGGAUCGCCUUCCGACUUCUACGUGGCGGAUGACACUUUCCUCUCCACAAUAGGUGAAGAUGCUUUGCUCGGAGACUUGCCGACAAAUACAGAGAGGGACUCGAAGGUUGCGGUCAAUGGCGCGACCACCGCUUCCAGUUCCUCCAGCACCAACACGGCCACCACCAGCACCAGCUCGCCCACAGUGAAGGUGGAGAAGGACUCUAUAAUCCAGCUGUGCACUCCUGGGGUCAUUAAACUGGAGAACAAUGGUGGGACUAACUACUGUCAGGGGAGUCUGCACAGCACACCCAUUAACAUUUGUGGAGUCACCACUUCAAGUGGACAGAGCUUCCUAAUUGGGACCAGCCCAUCCACAGCUGCUGUCAGUCAGCAGAAAGAUCAGAAGCCCGUCUUUAAUCUGUACACCCCUGUGACCUCUUCAGAAGACGGUUGGGGCAGGAGCUAUGGCUUUGGGAAUGCAAGUGAAAUGCAGCAGAGGGCCAGCGAAAGCUUUUCCAAAAACUACACAAGCCCCUAUGCCAGAAAUGAAGAGAGCACUGCCACAUCCUCAGCUACUGGGAAGUCCGGCACACAUAAGAGCUGUCUUGUGUGCUCGGAUGAAGCUUCAGGCUGCCAUUAUGGAGUCCUCACCUGCGGAAGCUGUAAAGUCUUCUUUAAGAGAGCAGUUGAAGGGCAACACAAUUACCUGUGCGCUGGACGGAACGAUUGUAUCAUCGACAAAAUCCGCCGGAAGAACUGCCCUGCCUGUCGUUACCGCAAAUGUCUCAUGGCAGGCAUGAGCCUAGAAGCUCGUAAAAACAAAAGGGGCCGUCAAACUGGAAAGGUAAUCCAGCAGCCGUCGGUUCCAGAGCGCAGUAUUCCUCCGCUGCCGGAAGUCCAGGCAUUGGUGCCCAAACCCAUGCCUCAGGUGGUGCCCACCAUGCUGUCACUGCUGAAGGCCAUCGAGCCGGACACCAUCUACGCCGGAUACGACAGCACCAUACCGGACACCUCCACCCGCCUCAUGACCACUCUGAACCGGCUGGGCGGACGGCAGGUCAUCUCUGCGGUCAAAUGGGCCAAAGCUCUGCCAGGGUUCAGGAACCUUGACCUGGAUGAUCAGAUGACCCUCCUGCAGUGUUCCUGGCUGUUCCUCAUGUCUUUCGGACUGGGUUGGCGGUCCUACCAGCAGUGUAAUGGAAACAUGCUGUGUUUCGCACCAGACCUGGUCAUCAACGAAGAGAGGAUGAGGUUGCCCUACAUGAAUGAUCAGUGUGAACAGAUGCUGAAGAUCUCCAAUGAGUUUGUGAGACUUCAAGUGUCCAACGAGGAGUACCUGUGCAUGAAAGUCCUCCUUCUCCUGAGCACAGUGCCGAAGGAUGGUUUGAAGAGCCAGUCAGUGUUUGAAGAGCUACGAAUGUCUUACAUUAAAGAGCUGGGCAAAGCCAUAGUGAAGAGAGAGGAGAACUCCAGCAAGAACUGGCAACGAUUCUAUCAGCUAACUAAGCUACUGGACUCCAUGCACGAUAUGGUGGGUGGACUCCUGAACUUCUGCUUCUACACCUUUGUGAAUAAAUCCCUCAGCGUGGAGUUUCCCGAAAUGCUGGCGGAGAUCAUCAGCAACCAGUUACCAAAAUUCAAAGCUGGGAGUGUCAAACCGCUGCUCUUUCACCAGAAGUGACACUCCUCCCAGCAGCAGGACACGAUGCCUUAAACGAGUUUCCAUCGGGACAACACAGGGAGAGAGCGAGAGGACCGUAUGCAACCCAGCACACAACUCCAUGAUUGACCACAGCCAAGUGGAGUCGGAGGAAGAGACGGGUAACUAGAAGAUGUAAAAAGCUGAAACGGUUGAACUGUUAAAAUGACGUAACGGCGAAUCUCAUGGAAAGAUUAUCCCAUACAUGUCGUCUCAGGUGUUUGACUCCCAGCAUCAACUGUUAUUAGUAGAAGAAAGCUAAUAGUCCAAUGUCACUUACUAUGUAGAGUUGCACACGUCUUUAUUUUAGGAACAGAAGAUUUACAGUAUGCGCAGAUCUUAUAGUCCGAGUAUCCUACUUUUUAACUUCAGAUGAUAACAGUUAAAAAAAUAAUAAUUUCAAUAAUAUGCACAGAGAUGAUGGUUUCAGCUUGGGUUGAAAUUAAAUAAGUUUUAUAUGACAU